AUGCCACCGGAUCCAGCUCCUGUUUUCGAACCAGUCAUUGGUAAUCCUGCCCCACCUCCUGCUCGAAUUGUAGAGCUCUACACAUGCGGCGUUUGUACAGAUGAGAUUGUGAAAGGAGAGUAUGUGCAACAUCUUCUACAUUGCGCCAGUGGUACUAACAUAGCCAAUCUUGUGAACCUGGCGUUCCAACUUCAAAGUAAAAUUAGGAAGAUGGAAAACUCGAUCAGAAACUAUUUUGGAAUCUUGUAUGUGGACGACCCCGUCGAACUCCCUCUUGGAAAAUGUUACCAUUGCAAACAUCGGUACAGCCACAAAGGAUGGAAAAACUGUUUUGAAAUGAGAAGAGCAGAUUAUAUGAUGGCUAUCUUCGAAAAGACUGAUUAUGACUAUCUGGAGAUUGUCAAAAGGUACCAAGCAAACUUCAAGAAAGCAAAAAUAAUGAUGCUCUGGCUGAAACAGAAACGAGAGCUGGAAGAGAAGAAGAACGGACUCAGAAUUUAUGGUGUCGAUCCAUCUAACCGAGAAUCGUUGAAACAACUACCAGAUUCGAUUCUCAAACCGUUGAGACAACUCAAAGCAAAGCAUACUCGAAAUCUUCGUACGUUUAGAGCCAAACUUGGAGUGGAGACCGAGAGGCUGUUGGAGUUCUACAAAAACAAAAGGCAAGCAGAAAAAACUACGUUCAUAACCGUAUUGCUCGCUGUCGACACGAUGAAUCCUCGACAGACUCCACUUCAAUUUGUAAAUGUAGCUUGA